UCUAGCCAUGCAAGGGAAGGGAGCGGCCACGGAGCACAGCACAACCAAGAAAACAAGGGGUAGAGCGGCGCCAAGGGCAAUCAAGCUCCCACCACCACCAGUAUAAAAACCAACUCCAGUCGUCUUGUCUUUUGCCACUCCAAGGUAGAAGAACAAGGGCAGCUUCGACAGAGGAGAAAGGAGGAGGAGGAGGAGGAGGAGGAGGAGCGACGGUGAUCGAAAGGAAGCAGCCGCUCCUUGCCACAGCCAGACCAGAGAUGGGGGGCAGCGUCAAGAAGCAGGAAGCCGUGAGGCGGUACGUCAGAUCCCGGGCUCCCAGGAUGCAAUGGACGGCCGAGCUCCACAGAAGCUUCCUGCAGGCCAUAGAGUGCCUCGGUGGAGAACACAAUGCCACUCCUAAGCUGGUUCUUCAGGUCAUGGGUGUGAAGGAGCUUACCAUAUCUCACGUCAAGAGCCAUCUGCAGAUGUACAGAGGCCCGACCACUCGUAAGGCGAAGAAAGAGACGGAGGCACAGCUGCUGCAAAGGAGGCACUCAUGUGCCGCUGAUGAGCAGCAAGGAGGAGGCCCCAAGCCCUUCAUGUGCCCACCUCUGAAAAGGGUCAGGACGGGGGCGGGGACGGAGGCCGCGCACGAAGCAGGCAUGCAAGGAGGCCAAGGAAUCAGUGGGAUGAUGACCAGCGGCGCUGUCAACCAGUACUCUAUUGAUGAUUACUACUACAUGCAAGCCAUGGCCAUGCAGAGGAGAAUAAUGGAGGGCCUCAGCUGUCAGAGGGAUGCUGCGGCUGCUGCUGCUUCCAGCCUCCAGACCGUGGCAUGUUUGGAGCAAGGAUCUGGCGACUUUAAGCAGAUAAUCAAACCGGAAGCGCACUACUAUCCUGGUCUUGUGGUGAAGAAGCUAGACCCCAAGGAGGACAGCAACGGGGCAGAGCAGUGCUCCCCGUCGCUCUCCCUUGGCCUGGACCCGAGAUGCUUCCGUGCCGCCGUCUCAUCGUCGUCGCCGAGCGAAGGCAGCUGCAUCAUCUCGUCGUCGUCGCCGCCGCCCCCGAGGAGGAGGAGCUCCAGCCACUACUCCGGGCACUCCGGCUGCUUCGACGCCCAGGGCAUCAACUUGGAGCUCUCCCUGUCCAUCUGUGGGUCGUAGACGACUGGCCGAAAUUUUGUGCAUCGAUCUGUCUGUCCGUCACUCGUUUGGUGCAUGGUGUUAGGAUGAUUAGGUAAUGGCAGGUUGUUAGGUUAGGAUUAGGAGUUCAGUGACGUUUAUUAGAGUUAGCAGGUUACCAGGUUGCAAAGGCUAUCUAGCUAGCUCCCCACUUUCAGGGUAUCACGGUCGCACUGUUGCUUUCGGUCUUGGGCCAGAAAAGAAGAGGGGGAAAAGGCGAGCGAGGGAGAUUCUUGCUUGGCCUCUGCAUC